AUGAAGAACACAUGGUGGCUUUGUGUUUUUGGAGUUCUCAUUGCAGCUUUACUCCCUGUUAGCUGGCAAAUGGUUUUGAAAGAUUCAACCAAUGAAUCUAGGUGGCAAUCUUAUGAAACAGAAAGUGCACAUACCUUUACUUCCAAUGUCAAGCGUCAUUCUGAAGGCACCUUUACCAGUGAUUUUACCAGGUAUUUGGACAAGAUGAAGGCCAAGGAUUUUGUGCACUGGCUCAUCAAUACCAAACGUUACAGCUCCACAAAGAGGUUUGUUAAAGAAAAGCCAAGCAUUAUGAGUUACCCACCUGGCUUCUUCUAG